GAGCAAAAAUAAAUCAUUACUUAAAAUCAAUAUUGGAAGCUUAAUGAAGACAUUUCCUUGAUAUGAUUCAAUUAGCCUCCAAAGUCUUCAAUAUACCACCAAACACCAAUCCCAUUAGGGGGAAAUGGCUCCUUCUCAAAACUAGGUCACGAAAGUAACACGCCAAAUUUAUAAUUGUAUGCGUGGAAAAUAGGUUUCAGAGGACUUCUGUAAGUGUGAACCCGGUUAUAUGACCGAUAAUGAAGAACUUAGAGAGAUCAAAAAUUUAUUUUAUUCAACACUGCAGUCAUCCCUAAAAAAGAUGUAUCAUUCCCAUUCUUUAAGCGAAAAUCAUUUAACAUUUAGAUAAUUAUCCUUAUUGACAUAGUACUAGCUAUCAUUUGCGUUGUCAUUUGCAAAUGCAUGCGAAACUCUAGAUAUCGUGGCAAGAUAUUUUAUAAGAAUCCUGUGCCUGAAGGGAUGCCACUGGCCACCAAUACGCUUGCUCCAGAACCUGUGCUUUCACAAAAUUAUUUAAGUGAAUACAAUUCAACUCUUUGUAAUCCGGGUAUAACCACGAACUGCUAUAUACCAGCAUUAAUGCAAAGACAGCUUGAACCGAUCAUGACUCAGAUACAACUACCCUACUCGAAGUUGUACCGCUCAGGAUCAUUUUAUGGUGUAGCAUGGAACCCUAAUAGAGAAGAUGUGGAUAGUACUCAAUAUAUUUAUAUAGACACUGCUCUGAUGCGUAAUCCUGAUACGCGCACCGAGUUUUGAGCUGUUUGCCAUUCUAAUGAAUCCUUCUACAUUACACAUGGAAAAAUAGCAGCGAAGAAGAAUAGGCCUCACAUUAAAACGAUUUCUUAAAGCGAGAAACAUGAGUUAUCUGUAGAAGAUUUUUAACAAGCAAUAUCACUUUUAAUUCUCAUUUUUCUCAUAAAUGGAUAUAAUACGCAAAAUCUAAAUGGAAAAUCUUGGAGUUUAUUAUAUAGGAUUUUUAAAGAAAAACUAUUCCUUUUGUUUCCAAUGACAAUUUUGGUAAAAACAUAUUUUUAUUUUAUACUUCUAGUAUUAACUAUACCUUCUUACCUCUAAGCAAACACUGGAUUUCUUACUAAAGUGCUUAGAAAACAAGUUAGUAAAAUAUGUAAGGUUUGAAUUCAGCUGCAAACCCAUUUAUUGUAUUUUUUCAAUUCAUGCAU